AUGAUCCUCCUCUUCACCUCCUCUUCACCUCCACUGCGCCUCCUCUUCACCUCCUCUUCACCUCCUCUUCACCUCCACUGCGCCUCCUCUUCACCUCCUCUUCACCUCCUCUUCACCUCCACUGCGCCUCCUCUUCACCUCCUCUGCGCCUCCUCUUCACCUCCUCUGCGCCUCCUCUUCACCUCCUCUGCGCCUCCUCUUCACCUCCUCUGCGCCUCCUCUUCACCUCCUUCACCUCCUAAAGUCCUUGUCUCUGUCUCACUGACUGCAGGAUGA